AGGCAAUAUUUCCACAUCAAAUUGCUAUGGGCUGGUUUUCAUUCAACUCCAAAGCAUCGUCCAGUACUUCGUCUAACAACCGAGUACCAGGACAGGUUGAACAACGGUCGCAUCAACCGCUAGGUCUUGCACCUGAGCAGUCCGACAUCUCACAUACGUUGAACCAAAUCUCAGAUGACCAACAGGCAUUAACGGUUAAAGAAGAGAACGCUAAAUCAAUUCAAGAUUUCCAAAAGGCUGUAACCGAGUUUGUAAAUAAGAGACCUGACAACAUGUUUGUGAUUGAUGGAGAAAGGGAGAUGAAGCAGAGUAUCAUCUGUACAAACAAUGAAAAUGGCGGAAAGACCUGCUUGAAAUUGCAAUACAACUCGGUGCAAUUAUUCAAACAAAUGCAAACCUUGGAGUACUUCUGCUCCUUGCCGGACGAUAUUGAUGCCACCUACUUUGAGUGUCGGAAGAUCAAGUAAGCUGGCCAAACCCCAAAAGUAAAAGAUAGUGUGUGUGUAUUCAGAUUUAAUGAGAGAUAAUAAAACAUUGACAGCAUCAACUAAGCAGGCCACAGCCGACUCUAAAGCAAAAAAACAGCGGCAACUCCCAGCAAAAUAGCAGGGAUAGCUGCCCAGCCUAAGCUAUCGGCAUUAUUUUCACAGUCGAUCGUAGAAAGAUUGGUGAAGUUUGAGUAGUUACUUCCGCUAUGGUGAUGGGUUGAGUUUGUGCAAUCAGGCACAUCACCAGUUUGUUCGGUAUCGUCGUCAUUAUCGUCUUCAUCAAUCUCGGCAUAUUGGGAAACUCCCAAGUCUCUUUUGGAAUGAGCUUCUGCAACUUCAAAGACUUCCUGUCCUGGAACAAACUGGUAGUCAUUGGCCACAAACAGCUUCAACUCAUUUAAGUCAUCGUUGCCGUUUCUGGAGUAUUCUUCCUCCAAGCUCUUUAAUCUCACAUCUCCAGCCACUUCUAUGUUAGCACAGGCAAACUUUGUCAAGUUUGCAAAGUGGAACACAAUGGC